UUUCGACGUAAACACUUGGAUGUACAUGUUCGACUAACUUUCUGAUGGAUUGUGUGUAGUUUUUAUAGUUAACGCCAUGAGUUCAAAGGGAAAAGGUAGCGGGGAUACUACGCUCCCUCUCAAUGGAAACAGCGGAGAGGGUGACGCCAUCAAGGUGUUCGUCCGUGUGCGGCCUCUCACGGAGGGAACUGGGCUGACAACAGAUAAUGACCAGAGUUUGUGUUUGACUGUGACAUCCCCGAACACAAUUCGUCUACACUCAAAGCCCGAGCCCCGCACCUUUACAUACGACCAUGUCGCAGACAUGGGUACUUCACAGGAAUCUGUGUUUUCCAGUGUGGCCAAAAAUAUUGUGGAGUCAUGCAUUAAUGGCUACAAUGGCACCAUAUUUGCCUAUGGACAAACAGGAUCUGGCAAAACCUUCACGAUGCUUGGUCCGUCUGAAUGUGAUAGCUUCUCAGAUGACAAUAGGGGGGUGAUCCCACGGAGCUUCGAGUACCUUUUCUUCCUCAUCAGCAGAGAAGUUGAAAAGUCGGGGAACUCCAAGAGUUUCCUGUGCAAGUGUUCGUUCAUCGAGAUCUACAACGAGCAGAUCUACGACCUGCUGGACAGUGCCUCGGCCAGCCUGUUCCUGAGGGAGAACAUCAAGAAGGGCGUCUUCGUGGAGGGAGCGGUGGAGAAGUUUGUCACCUCUGCUGCGGAGGCCUACCAGGUGCUGUCUAUGGGUUGGCGCAAUCGUCGCGUGGCCUCCACCUCCAUGAACCGCGAGUCGUCUCGCUCCCAUGCCGUCUUCACCAUGAUCCUGGAGUCCAAGGAGACGGACCGGGAGCUGGUCAACAUCCGCACCUCGCAGCUCAACCUGGUGGACCUGGCGGGCUCUGAGAGGCAGAAGGACACCCACACCGAGGGGUCACGCCUCAAGGAGGCGAGCAGCAUCAAUCGCUCCCUGAUGUGCUUGGGUCAGGUGAUCAUGGCCCUGAUGGACGUGUCCAAUGGAAAGUCUCGACACAUCUGCUACCGUGAUUCCAAGCUGACCUUUUUACUGAAGGAUUCUUUGGGUGGAAAUGCGAAGACGUUCAUCAUCGCCAAUGUGCACCCCGGCUCAAAGUGCUUUGGAGAGACAUGGUCCACCCUACAGUUCGCUCAGAGGGCCAAACUCAUCAAAAACAAGGCCAUGAUAAACGAGGACACCCAGGGCAACGUGCGGCAGCUGCAGGCCGAGGUCAAGAAGCUGAAGGAGCAGCUUGCCCAGGCCCUGCUGUCCCAGCCUUCACUCUCCCAGCACGCGGACAGCCCCCCAGGAGCACCACAAGCACGCACAGGUUCCCCUGAGCCCCAGGGCCGCCUCUCCUUCAGGGAGCAGUUCAAGCUCGCUGUGCUGCUGUGGAAGAAACGCGAGGAUGAGAAGAAGGCGCUGCAGCAGAAGCUUGCCCACCUGGAGGAGGCCUGGGCGCGCAAGGAGAAGUUUGUGCAGUCCAACCGCAUGAUUGUCAAGUUCCGCGAGGAUCACAUCGCCCGGCUGGAGCAGAAGCUGAAGAGUGGUGGCGAUGGCUGCGGCCCACUGGCGGAGCAGGAGAGCCAGACACAGCUGGAGCAGCUGCAGCAGGAAAUCAGCAUCCUCCGAGACCAGUUAGAGCACCAUCCGCGUAUGAUGCGUUACGCGGCGGAGAACUUCAGCCUGCGUGAGGAGGUGCGCGUCCUGCGGGCCAUGGAGUCGGUAAAGAGCGCCCAGGAGAUGGCAGAGCAGUGCACUGCCGAGCUGGAGGCCAGCUUCCAGACCCAGCUGGAGGACAGCAAACCAAACAAAGACAACGGAGUGUCUGUAUGUGUAUGUGUCCCCAUAGCUCCAGCGACCUGUUCUACGCCGGUCACAGCUGAGAGCAUGUCGAAGGUGUCUGUGGAGAGACUGAAGGCCCAGCUGAUGCAGAAGCAGACGGAGCUGACGGCCACAGCACAGGCCUUUGAGGAGUACAAACAAGUUACAUCAAAGCAGUUAUCGGAGACUGAGGCCGAGAAGAGGUACCUGGAUAAGUCCAACAAACAUCUGGAGAACAUUCUGGAGGCCACCAAGGCCCACACCAAGCAGGAGGUCUCCCACCUCAACAAGAUGCAUGCAGAGACUCUCAAGAUCCUAACCACGCCGACCCGAGCGUACAACCUGCGUAACCGUGUGGUGCCGCUGUCCAGCCCGGAUCACCUGAACGGCCACGGCAGCCCCCCGGCUACCCCUGACGACCUGCACCAGGAGCAGCCGCCCGCAGAGAUGAAGGAGCUGGCCUGCGAGGCGCUCACGGAGGAACUCAGACUGGUGCAGGAGCAGGCGGUGUGUGUGAAGAGCCAGUUGGAUGAGGAGGAGGCCAAGAGCAGGAGGCUGCUGCAGCACAUCAGCAAGCUGGAGGAGCAGCUCGCAGCCGCCACAGAGGAGGCCGGACGCAGGGAAGAGUUGUUUAGUGCAGAGCGCAACUCUUGGAGUCAGGAGAAGGAAAGCUUGCAGCAGACCAGCAGCGGCCUAGAGAAACAGCUGACAGAGGAGAAGAGCAAUACAGAACUGUUGCGUGGUGAGGUGGCGGACAUGAGGGUGCUGCUCCAGUCGUCUGACAAGGAGCUGUCUGCUGCCUGCACCGAGCUGAGGCAGCACACCAAUCAGGAGCAAGAGAACAGCCGCCUCUCCAGCACCCUCAUCAGCACACAGCUGCAGCUCGACCAAGUCAAGUUGGAUUUUGAGGCGUUGCUUGAGCAGCAGAGGGCGCUGCAGGAUGAGUAUGAGGCUCUGCAGGCGGAGGCCAAAUUUGAGGCCGACCACUUGCAACAGCAGCUGGAGGACAGCAGGCAGGAGAGCCGCAAACAGCAGGCCACCAUCACCGAGCUGGAGAGCUCUCUCCAGUUGGAGCGAGAGCAUGCGUCCACCCUGACCUCCCAGUUGAAGGAGAGCAACGAGAGCACUUCAAAGGAGCUGGUUGAGUCGAUGGAGGAGAAUGUUCUUUUGAAGAAGCAACUUCAGGCUCUUACUGCAGACAACCAGCAGCAGGUGGAGAACAUUAAGGCCUUGGAGCAGAAGAUGGCUUCCUCAGAGACCUCCGUAGCGUCUCUGGAGCAGAAGAUCGAACAGGAUAAGGGUGUAGUGCUUGACCUGAUUAACCAGACCAGGGACCUGCGUAGUGAGCUGGGGGAGAAGGAUCAGAACAUCAGCCUGCUGGAAGGGGACCUGAAGGACAUCUCUUUGAAGUACACAACGGCCUGUUCGGAGCGAGACGAGCUGAGAGAGCGCCUGGGCCGGUCCCAGGCGGAGAUCGUGGAGCUGGGAGAGGUCACUGAGCGGCGAGUAGCCUCAGAACGCAUAGAGAUGGAGAUGCUGCAUGACAGCCUGGCGUACGCUACAGAGGAGGUGGAUCGCCUGGCGAAGGUGCUGGAUGAGCAGACGGCCCUCUACCAGGCCGCCCAGGACCAGCUUGCCGCCCGCGAUGCCACCAUCGCCAGCCUAAAGGAACAGAAGAAGACUGAUCAUCAGGAUAAGGAGUGUGCAGCCCCCAGUGAAUCCUCACGUCUCCUCACGCCUAAAAUCAUGCGCCUGACGCCCCACACCCCGCGCAGCUUCGGCAUGGGCCUGGAUCUGAGUGCGGUGCUGGAGAGCCAGGAGAGGGAACUGGAGAGUCGUCGCUCCUCCAUGGCAACCAUGGAGCUGCUGCUGACCGAGCUCAACGCAGAGCGCAGCGCCAAAAACGACGAGAUCAGCAGACUCAAGACCCAGCUGAAUGAGAAGGAGUUGGUCCAGCUUGAGAUCCAGAAGCUCCUGGAGCAGUUCUACUCCAUGAAUAAUCAGACCCAGCCAGCCAAGGGUCAGGAGCUGAAAGAUGCAAUCUAUCACUCUGUGAUAAAAGAGCUGCAAGACGUCAAAAAAGACAGGAGUUUUCUGGAGCAGAAGUUGAUUGACACUCAGGAAAAUCUGCAGAGACAGGAGGCCACCCUCACCCAGUCUCAGACGUGUGUGCAGGAGCUGACUGGGGAGCUGAGGAAUCGCUGCCUUGAGCUGCGAGACCUGCAACUGAAGGCCCAGGAGCACGACCAGCUAUUACAAGAUGUGGAGGUGCUGAGGAAGCAAGUGGACCACUUGACUGAAGAGAACGGCAAACUGGUGGGCCACCAGAACCACAGGCAGAAGAUCGAGUACCUGGUCAAAAUCAAAAAGGAGAACACCAAACUGCAGGAGGAAAAUGAAAAACUCAAGUCAGAGCUGUUCUCCAUGAAAGAAUACAUUGUGGAGAAUGGUAAAAAGCUGUGAGGUGCUAUAGCAGCACUGACUCUGGCCCUUACAUGAUCCCACCCCACGGGGUGCUUUAUGGAGACCUGACGCGUGCAAGGCAUCAGACCGAACUGACUCAUCACUCACUCCUAACACCCCGUCCCCUGAAUAGCACAGUCGGGCUCUUUUAACUGCUGUGCUAUUCAUUGCAUCUGUGUACUGUAAAUACAUUUCAUUCAGGUUCCCAUGCAAAAAGAUGAAAAAACAAACACACACACCCCUCCAUAAACUCACUCUAAUAUAUAUUUUUAUUACUGUUGAUCAAUUUGAGAUUACCUGGACUUUGGGUAAGAGGGUCUGACUUUUUGUAGCCUUUGCCCCCCUCCCCCCUCUGACUUCUAGUUUGUUUUUACAUAAUUGGUGGAUAUACUGUAAUUUUCUUUUAAUUAAAAUGGGAAGUGCUUAAAGCAAAUCA